AUGCCUGGAGGAUCCCUUAAGUUUGAGAUUCCGCGAUUCGACGAGAAGGGAAAUUUUGGUCUUUGGUGGAAGAUCUUACUACGUGUAAGGAGAUCUGGGAGAAACUGGAGAAUCUAUAUAUGUCAGUCAUUGUCUAGCAAGUUGUAUCUGAAGCAGCGUUUGUACGGGAUGAAGAUGUCAGAAGGAUCCGAUCUGAUGCAGCAUGUACAUGCGUUCAAUCAAAUCGUGGGGGACCUGGCUCGUGUGGGGGAGACAAUAUCCUUGGAGACGGUGGCGGUUUCGCUCCAAUCUCAUUAUGAGCGAAGACAGAAGACGGGAGCAGAUGGUUCUCAUGGUGAUGGAUUGUAUGCCAACAAUCAGGACAAGGGUAGGCAUAUGAACAAGCAAGAUGGAAGUAGAACCAGCAGGUCAAAGUCUAAGAACCGGGCUAAGACUACUUAUUAUCUUUGUGAUGUUAAAGGUCACUACAAGCGUGAUUGUCCAAACAAGGGCAAGAACAAAGAAGGAAAGUCUGCGAAUGUUGCGCAGCGGGAUUCUGAUUCAGGGAAUAGCAAUCAAUAUGCUGUCAUGUUAGGUCAUCUUGCGGAUUCUUGGGUGAUGGAUACAUGUGCAUCGUUUCAUAUGACUUCUAACCGGGAGUGGUUCGAGACGUACAAGGAGGGAAAUAUGGGAGCAGUUCAGUUGGUGGAUGACAGAGUCUGUAGCAUUGUUGGUAGUAAUUCUAUCAAGUUCCGGAUGCAUGACGGGGUCAUCAGGACACUUGCUGAUGUUAGACAUGUUCCUGCUGUCAAGAAGAAUCUGAUAUCUUUGGGUACUCUUCACAGAAACGGAUUUAGGUAUCAUGCAGUUGAAGGAGAAGACGUUCUGAAGGUGUGA